UUCUUGUUUCAUUUUACUGCUUCUCACAUACGGGUUUUGCUCCGGGCUUCAGGACCCAGCUAAAUUAAAUCUUUUUACAGACUAUUCCGACACGAUCAAACAAAGAAUGACCUGAGUAUCGACUGGUUUGGACCCACGUCACUUUGAGGAGGACGUGAUCGGCAGCGACGAGGGAAGGCCUGUCAAGAGACGAUCGACUCGGCACUUGUAAUUCACGGAGAGAUUCGUCUGACGACGCCCUUUUGGAAACGACUAUGACGGCCGAAUUCGACGGUAGCAUCUACCGUAAAAGGAUCUUGCUGACCGGUGGGGCCGGAUUCAUUGGUGGUCACGUGACUUCUAAUCUGGUUGAGAGGUAUCCAGAAUAUUACAUUGUGAAUUAUGACAAGCUGGAGUACUGCUCGUGUUUGAAGAACUUGGAAAAAAUAGCUUCAAAGCCGAAUUACAAAUUCAUUCAUGGAGACAUCUGCGACGGGGACAAACUCCGCCACGUACUCCAGCGAGAGCGCAUUGAUACGGUCCUGCACUUUGCCGCCCAGUCACAUGUUGAUAACUCCUUCAGGAGUGUCGACAACUUCAUCCGGAGCAACGUGCAAGGUACCGGAUCGCUGCUGGAGGCAGCCAAGCAGUACGGCGGUAUCUCCCUCUUCUUGCACGUCAGCACAGAUGAGGUCUACGGUGGUAACAGUAAAGUGGCAUUAACGGAGGAGGCGCCCCUCAAUCCUACCAACCCUUACUCCAAGUCCAAAGCCGAGGCGGAGAUCAUCGCCAAGAUGUACUGGGACAAGUAUCGGUUCCCAGUCAUUAUCACACGGGGCAACAACGUCUACGGCCCCCACCAGUUCCCCGAGAAAGUCGUGCCCAAAUUUAUCGGGCUGCUGCUGCGAGGCAAAAAGUGCUGCAUUCACGGGGACGGUACCUGCACCCGCAAUUUCAUGUACGUGCAGGACGCCGUGGAAGCCUACCUGACCGUGCUGCACAAGGGAGAAGUGGGAGAGAUCUAUAACAUCGGCACGGAAUUCCGUAUAUCCGUCAACAGCCUAGCCAAGACCCUAACCAAAAAGAUUCGAGGCCAGAGGAAGGACGACAACGAUGUUGAGGAUCACAUGGAAUUUGUAAAGGAUAGGCCGCACAACGAUAAGGACUAUCCCAUUGACUCUUCCAAGCUGCGAAGUCUUGGCUGGCAUCCCAAAAUGCCCUGGGAUAAAGGACUCGAUACUACGAUCGAAUGGUACCGGCAUAAUUUCUCCAACUGGGGCAAACUGUCAGAGAGGGCGCUAGUCCCUUUCCCUGAUGUCAUGGGCGACACUAUCAAAGAGAACGGAGACGAUCAACCGGAAAUGUGAUUGGCCUGAGGGUUCGACUGACGCCACAGCAGUGGAAGCUUCGGGGGUGUAUUUGUUCAGUGCAUCUUGGGUAAUUCAGAUUGCCGAAGGUAAUUCAUUAUUUAAAAAAAAAUUACAAUACUUACGUAAGAAAAUGACGCCCUUCACUGACAAGAAUUAAACAAUUAUCAGCACGAACUUACAACUGAUAUUGAGGAAAUAAAAUUCCGUUGGAAAUCGACUGAAAUUAGAAAUUUACAAUGGAAGCAUGGGAUGUAAUUCCAAAAGGGAAAUGACUGCAAAUAUGCAACCAAUGUGUGCCUAUAAUCUUCAAAUUUGUGACAAUGUCGAACUGUAAUCACAGAAUAAAUUUUUUUCAGUGUUUGACUUUGCCCUUGAUUCGGGGAUAUGUCAAAUUCAUUACAGGUUUAUUAAAUACGAACUAAGAUGUUUAUUUGCCUUACACAGCAUUACGUUUAAACACGUUUAAUUGAACAACUCUGUCCCACCUCAUUAGUUAGUUGUCUAAUUACGUUAUUAUGUAGGACUGAGUUUUUGACUUCGUUUAAAUGCAAAGAGUUUUAAGUACUUUUAAACUGUACAAGUUGAACUCAAACGUGGUCUUUUAUUUAGCUAAGGCAUAAAUAGUUGUUUAGCGUUUUAUUAUAUUCUUUUGUCACAUUCUUUCGGAUUUUAUUAUUGGUGUAAAGUGUUUGUAUUUUUUUUAAGACCAGCACCAUGCUCCCUUAAAUCAAAGAUGCUGGUGUUAAACAGAUUUUCGGCACUUUUAAAUGUAACGCCGAACAACUCUGGCAAUGCGUUGUAUCGGGAAAACAGUGUGACUCGUUGAUAACGGAAGAAAAACAAAAACGAAAUCAUUUUCAAAGUACAUUUUUCUGCACGGUUUGGAGCAUUUCUUUUGCCCAAUGGGAAUGGAGAAAAUGCUUUUGUGUUAAGGUUUUGUUUAUGUAUACGUGAAGAUGUGUAACUUCGUAUGCUGAAACAGAUGGAAGGGGGCACAUAUGAAUAUUUAUAAGGAUGGAAUAUUUAUGAAGCAAAAAAAAAGGAGGAAUGUACUUCUUUAAUGAAUAAAGAUAACAGGACUGAUGCAAUUAUGAAAUGCA